AACCAUACGAUGUCCGCUGUGAAGUGUCUGGUGUCUCUGAUGGUGGUGCUGGUGGCUGCAGUGUGUGUGGUUCAUGCACAGGAGAGGAUUAAGAUGUGUGGGAGAGAGCUGAUACGUCUGGCCGUCUCGUCCUGCGGUAACUCUCGGCUGAGGAGAAGCAUCCCGGACGUGGAACUGGGGCAGCGUCAGUACACCUCUCACUGGGACCAGGACGCCUCCACAGAGGAGCACCAGGCUAUGGAGACGGUCCACAUCCCUCAAGAGGAUGUUGUCUCGCUGGCUCCUCACUGGUACCCCUUGUCCUCUCGGAUGAGACGUGCUGCUGGGAAAAUAUCUGAUAUUUGCUGUCAGGAAGGAUGCAGCAUGAAAGAGUUGAUCCAGUUUUGCUAG